AGUCGGUUGUAGGGAGUGUGUCGCGCGGAUCGAGCUCUCGUCGAGGACGCGUUUAGUGCAAUUUUGUGACGUUUCGUUGGUGCGGUGAUCAAUUAUACGCGUCGCGUCGUCGCAUUCGCGUCCUCCCUCUGUAUUCGCGCGUGCGGGACGCGUGUAAAACGCGAUGAACGGCCAAGUGAGAGUGAAAACGCGGCCACGCUCGACCGGCUCGCCGACGGCGUGAAUCAUCGGCAACGCCGGCUCCGACCCUCGGGAGCCCGCACACAGUGCGACGCACGUUAUACAGUCCCCGUUUCUUUCCUUCUCGCUCCUUCGCGGGCGUGCGCGCGCGCGCGCGCGUGGUGUGUGUCUGUGUGUUUCCUCCGACGCGUUCUCUGUCCCGUCCUUCUUCUUUCAUGCGAAAAAGACCUCGCGCUACCUACGCAGCGAACCUUAAGGUUUUUUAGUGUCGAUCACAAAGGACAUAGGGUUAAUAAGUCCCCCUCCGAGAGCCUCCCGGUGACGAUCCUCCGUCGGAGAGACGAGAAAAGGAAGCCGGAGUAGCCCGCGUACGUCUGUAGCGGGGUGACGGAAUGUCGGCCACGGAGAACCAGAACGGCACCGCGGGCGGCGCGCAGAGCAACGGCAUCAAGACGCCGUCGGCGUCGUCGUCGUCGUCGACGGCGUCGUCCACGGCGUCGUCGGGCAUCUCGCCGUCCGGGGGCCGCGGCCUGCCCAACAACAGCAACUCGUCCUUCCUCUACAGCAACAGCACGAUGCUGAGCCGCGAGAAGGCGCGGCAAGUGCCGCCGCCGACCCUACCCAAGUAUACCUCGAGCUUUAACGCCGGCUCGAACGGCGGUGGCGUCGGCACCGCCGCCGAGCGGCUCAGCAGGGACCGCGAGGCCGGCGGCAGCUACAGGCUCGCCAGCAUGGACAGGCUGGCCAUGCGACAGAGGCUACUGGACGGAGAGAAGGCGAACGGCGAGCCCAUCUCGAUUCAGAUGAAGCGCGAGCAAUUCUUCAAGGGCGAGAGCGGGGGAAUAAUCUCGUCGCCGUCGGUGCCGUCGGUGCCGCCCCCGCAGCCGCCGACGCAGACCCCGGGCUCUCAGGUGAACAACUCUUCGUCGUCAGCGACGAACGCUACGACGGUCGGCGGUUUAACGUCACCGAACACGGCGCCGGUUUACUCGAGCGGUGUCAUCACGGCGAAGCCGCGAUUGCCGUCCACGGUCUCGACGGCGAUCCCGAACGAUCCCUCGGAGGACAGCAACAGGCGAGAGUGCGCCCGGACCGCCGUCUCCAGCGCCAAGGACGACAGCAACAAGGAGACCGGUCUGCAUCAUGCGCGACCCACGCCGCCCACCAAGCCCAAGGAACUCGACGGCUACGUCGGCUUCGCGAAUCUGCCCAACCAGGUGUACAGGAAAGCCGUGAAGAAGGGUUUCGAGUUUACCCUCAUGGUCGUAGGGGAAUCAGGGCUCGGUAAAUCGACUUUGAUCAAUUCCAUGUUCCUGGCAGAUAUAUACAGCGCUGAAUAUCCCGGACCCAGCCUCAGGAUAAAAAAGACGGUCGCCGUGGAAACUAGCAAAGUGCUGUUGAAGGAAAACGGCGUCAAUCUUACUCUCACGGUUGUCGAUACCCCCGGUUUCGGUGACGCUGUCGACAACAGUAAUUGUUGGGUACCAGUAAUCGACUACAUCGAAUCGAAGUACGAGGAAUUUCUCAACGCAGAGUCCCGCGUGACGAGACGACAAAUCCCGGAUAGUCGGGUGCACUGCUGCCUCUAUUUCGUCGCGCCCUCCGGCCAUGGAUUGAAACCUCUCGACGUGGAGUUUAUGCAGCGUCUUCACGACAAAGUCAACAUUAUACCGGUUAUUGCUAAGGCGGAUACUAUGACGCCGGAUGAGUGUGCGCACUUCAAAAAACAGAUUUUGAAUGAGAUUGCGCAACACAAGAUAAAGAUCUACGAGUUUCCGGAGGUCGAGGAGGAGGAGGACAACAAAUUUCACAAGUUAUUAAGGGAUAGAGUGCCGUUUGCUGUCGUGGGAGCGAAUGCCGUCGUCGAACAUGACGGCAAGAAAGUACGAGGUAGAAAAUAUCCGUGGGGAAUUGCGGAAGUCGAGAACCUGGAGCACUGCGAUUUCAUAGCGCUCCGAAACAUGGUGGUAAGGACACAUGUGCAGGACCUAAAAGACGUGACGAACAACGUGCACUAUGAGAACUUUCGGUGUCGCACCUUGGCCGGUUUAGGUGCGGACGGCAAGCCAACAAAGGCCUCCAAUAAGAAUCCGUUGGCACAGCUGGAAGAGGAGAAGCGUGAACAUGAUAAUAAAAUGAAGAAGAUGGAAACGGAGAUGGAGCAAGUCUUUGAGAUGAAAGUGCGCGAGAAGAAGCAGAAAUUGAAAGACUCCGAAGCGGAAUUACAGAAAAGGCACGAACAAAUGCGACGUUCAUUGGAGCAGCAAGUGCGAGAGCUGGAUGAGAAGAGACGGGCGUUCGAGGCGGAAAAAACCGCCUGGGAGCAACAGACCGGUCAAACUAUUGAAGAACUUCGUAGACGCAGUUUAGAGGCGAAUUCGAAAGAGACGGGAUCGAUGUCCUCCGAGGGAUCUGGCGGCGGCGGGGGUACGUUGAGGGGUUCCCGAGGGAUAAGCAGCCUCCUUCGUCGUCACACGAGUUUCAAAUCACCUCAAGACAGCCCCGCACAGAUACAGCUUGUCAUACAGCAUCCUGAGCACCCCUAAUAACGACCGUAUCUCCCCCCAAAACCGCUCUCGAAUGCGCUUGCGAGACUCGCUUUCGGGAUCUGUCGCGCGUGUCUCCUUUCCUCGCGCUCAACCCUUAUUUGGUUAUUUGCAAAAUCACUUUUCUUUUCAUUGUAAGUGAUAAAAUCACUCGACAAGAAUCCAUCGGAUCGACAAGGAUAAAAAUCGAAAUAUUUUACUCCACUCUCGAAGGCAAUCAAAAUGCUAGUUUAGAGAAGAUCAAACAAGUCUCAAAAAUAAUAUAAAGCGAUAUAUAAACACAUGCGAUCCCUCGCGAUUGCCCCCGAAUAAGGGUUGAGAAAUUGAGUUUUAUCACACCCGAGAGGAAAGUAAGUACUGCUUAUCUAAACGGUAUUAAUUUGUCAACGUUACUCUGAUCAAAUUUGACGAUAUUAAAACGAGCAUUUAUCUCGUCAAGGAUAGAUGGAAGUUUGGAAGAUAACUCGCUCUUCAAUCUGUUAUGGCAGUUUUAUUCAUCAUUUUUUCUCUUUUUGUUUUUCCCUUUUAAAGCUGCAAACUUGCGCAGCAAAUUGCAAGAGAGCCGUCGAAUCAAUUAUUUUAGCGGAUUAAUUUUUAGAUUAAAAAAAAAAAAGAAAACGAAAUUCGAGACUCGAUCAGUUCUAAACGUCCAUGUUUGCAUUGGAGCCGAGAAUCAAAUGCGUGAUAGGCGGCACUUACUCGUCUCUCGGCACGCGUGUGCGUGCGUCGUCCGACACAUAUCCAAAGCGACUGUAUAUUUCUAACGAGAGGCGUCCCAUAAAGCCACGCAUCACCGUAGAUAUCGACGCAAAAAAACGCGCGAUCCGGUAAAUCUCUGUUCGUUAUUUUAUAUUCGUUCGUCUCUCGCGUUUCUAAUCGCGCUUUCGAUAACUUUGUGUUAAGACGGCGAGCAUGUGUCAAGAUAUUGCGUACUCAAAGCAAGAAAAAGGAUGGAAAAUACGGGAAUCGAUGAAAAGGGAGAUGUGUAAUGUCGGACAAAGUUGAGAUUGCUUUCUGCGAAUAUUUUUAUCGUUGCGUAAUUAAUUAAUUAAUCAUUCGUCGAGUUGAGCUCAAGAUUGAGGUAGCGCUUUAAUUUUUAUUUAGAAAUUAGUGACAGGAAAAUUGCGAUUAAUCCUCGUUUUCGAAGGAGGAUUGAAUCGAUUGUCCGGACGUUUUAUUAAAAGCGAAUCGAUUAAAGAAGGGAGAUUGUCCCGCAAGGCGAGGAGAAUAUGGAUGUCGAAAUUAGAAAGCUUGUCCGAGAUAAAUUUGAUCUCAAUUUUAUCUCACGUUCAAGUCGAUUACCCCCGUUUUCCGUGACAUGCCGUCUCAACGAGAUACGCAAAUUCAUUUCGCAAAUUACGCGUCCUCGCGGCAAAAUUAUACAUCCCAAGCGCGAUUCUUGGAGCACGCCAGUUUAUCCUUGCAUUAUCGCGAUUAUCGUGCAUUUUCUUUGGCCGUAACGCGUCCGUUAGGUACAAAACACGUGGAAUCUCGCGUUACGGUAAAUUACGGUCGACAACAUCCGUAGAGAGAUAGGACGAACUAUACUAAGCGUAUAUAUUUAGCGAUAUGUACAUUUUGCAAUGUAUUUUUGGCACGGACUUUGAUAAACUUUUAGAUUACAUGUAAAAAAAAACAGGGGCGCAACAAAAAAAAAGAAGAAUUAUUCUCGGCGUCGUUUUUUGUACACUCGCCCAGGGCAUACAAUUUACACACAUUGACAUACAUACUUUUACACGCACUUCGAUCCUUUACCGCAUCGCGUGCAGUAAUUUACCCCCGCUCCCUUCCAGUGACACACUGUAAUGUCUAUGAUUGCCUAGUUACAUUUCCGACUAUAUUUACGUAUUCGUAUUGAUCUAAAGUUCUCGUCUGAAUGUUUUUAAUGCGUUGGUGUUGGCGAAAGCGUGGCUUUAUCGUUCUCUGUCGGGCAAAUCUGAACGUAUUUUUGUGUGCUAUUUCUUAUUUUAUCCCACCGAUUAUUUCGCAAAAUAGCGGAGACAAGUUGAUUUGUCUUGUUGCGAAACUAUAAUUACAGGAGAGUUAUAAAGAAAGUUCCUCUUUUUUUUUUUCUUAAAUUAUACGCAUGUUUUCGUUGAGGAAAAUUCACGAGACAAGUUUGUUUCUAUCGCUCGUCGAAUUAAAUGCCUGAUCAAGUAAUAGUCUUGUGCGGUAAAGGGUCGAUUUGAUAUACGAAUAUGACCACCUUGCAUACACAAGUUGGGCGCGAUCAGCAAAAUCAAGCCAGUUUGUAAGACUCUGAGCAAGCUGUCGAUCGAUCUUAUCCCAGUUCGACUCGCGCAUUCGUUUCUUUUUGUUCCACUUUGUUCGCACAAUGAUAAACUGAUCGAAUCAAAAGUACACUCGAGUCAUGGUUAAAUUGCUUACACGAUUCGCCGUUUCAUUCCGAUGAGAGAUUCCCUCGAAUUUUACGGGGGACGAAGGAAGAGAAUAGAGACAGCUUGGUAGAGGAUAUAUAACCGCCUAUUACUAAUAAUUACUCACAAGCAGAGAUUAUACAUUGUUAAUUUCAUGAUUGAUAAUCCUUUUUUUUCGCAAAUAAACGCAAUGCUUACCUAAAACAAU